AUGACCACGAUGGAACACCACCAGAAUAAGCGAAAACGCACGACUCUGGCAUGCGACGCCUGUCGAGCGCGGAGAACCAAGUGUGACUCGCAGAAGCCGUCUUGUCGUUACUGUCAAACCCACGGACUUGACUGUCUCUACCAGGAUGCCCCAGCUGAACCCCCCAGUCGUGUAGAAGUAGAAUUGAAUGCCAUGAAUAAACGACUUGAUCAACUAAUCAGCUUAAUGCUUCCAGCGGAGCCCAUUUCCUUGGAUAGUUGUGCCGGGGAUCCGCCUACUGAAUAUCAUGUUUCGGCAGAUCAAGAAAACUCGCCGUUUGAUUUGCCUUCUAAGCUACUUGGUAAUCCAUCUGUUAUGCAUGCGCUUGGACUAGAUGCAAAUUUCGCGCAGGUCCUCACCCGAGGAGAACGAGUUACUGGGCCCGAAAGUCAUGCCAAUGCAGGUACACGGAUGCUUAUUGUUCAUCAUCGGCAUGCAGUGAGCGCAUUAGCAUCAUUCUCCGCUCGCGUUCACACCUGGUAUCCCAUUCUUCCAUCGGGAUUUUCGGAGGAGUACUUACGGGUACUCUCCGGUCCUUUACAUCCUUCUUCAGAAUCUUGCCUUUCCCUUCUUGUGGCCGCAGUUGGCCAUGUAGUAGAGGAAGAUGAGACAGUCCUAGAUACCCCAUACCUUGAAACAGCUCUUGCCUCCCUACCAAUCAUCAUCGCCGAUGGAAUGGAAGGUGAUGAUUCAACUGCCGUUGAACAAUCUCGGCGAGCAUACUGGGGUGCGCUAUUACUCGAGAACGAGAUUGGCGGCCAAUUGGAUGUUGCCAAUAGUGGUAUCUGGUGUCUGGAUGAACAUGUUCCACUGCCACUAUGCCACCAGACAUGGCAGUUUACGCCAGAGAGUACAUCACCAACAAUUGCCGCGCCUGAUUCCCCGGAUUUUGCACCAUCCACUAAUCCAAGAGUGCAAAAUAUGCGAUCAUAUUUCCUUACUGAGAUUGCUAUGAGACGUAUGCUACAUCGAUGUAACACAGCUGUCCAGGUGACGUCCGCUGGAAAAUACAUCUAUGCACCAGGUAUCGCACUGGAGCUAGAACGCCAGCUCGAGGAAUGGUACCACUACAUACCCGAAAUGGAUCGUUUUGGAAAAGGCGAUGUGUCACAGCCAUUAGAAUCGGUCGAUAUACCAUCCUGUCCUCUGUCAAAUUUCUUACGGGUCCAGUACUACUGCUGCAAGCUUUCCAUAUAUUGGCCUGCGGUUUAUCAGGCGAUGCAGGAUGGAGCUGCUACAAACCUCCUUCUGGAUCAUUGUCAAAGAUUCUUCGAUUCUUACGUGAUGCUAAUACCGAGUAUUGUUGCCGCAUUCCGUGACUGCCGGGUGAACAGGUGGACAUUAUUUGUUAGGUGGGUUUAG